AUGAUACUUACGACAAACGAAAAAAUACCUAUGCGACAUUUAAGAGAUUUCAAAAUUUCGUUGUUGAUAUUUUUUCUGGAGUACUUUUGGGAUACAGAAUGUUUCAACCUGGAUGUAUCUUCUGCAACUUUAAAGCGAGGCCCACCUGGUUCUUACUUUGGUUACUCCAUCACUCCCCACAAAGUUGGGCACCACAACAGUGAUAUCAUAUUCCUAGUGGGGGCACCUCGGGACAAUGCUUCAGACCCCCUUUUUUCAAAUAUUUCUCGCCCUGGCGUUCUCUACAACUGUUCUUUCCACGACGAAAACACAGAUUGCACGCCGCUGCCAAGCUUCAGAGAGUUUGUGCUGAAAGAUGAGGAUUAUAACGAUCAGUGGUUUGGUGGUGUCGUCGUCAGUCAGAACAUUCCUUCAGGACAAGCUCUGGCUUGUGGCCACAAAUAUGGGAAGGUUUCAUCAGCUCGAUCAGAAACACCUGGUUGGUGCAUAUCACUGACGAACAAUCUCAAGCCAUUCAAGUUUCAUUCACCAUGCAACCUCAAGCACGGAGGUUACUUCGAUUACGCUGUUUGCCAAGCUGGAGUCAGCGCCUUCAUUGACAAGGACGGUGAAAUAUUGUUGGGGGCACCUGGAGCACACCUAUGGAGGGGCGUCGUGUUCGGUGGCAACUUGCGAAAUGAGUUAGAUGGAGAGGAAGGAAUGUCAAUUUCGACCAGUCACAAUAUGGCGAAGCAGGGACGGAAGGUGUACGUCGUUGGCGCGCCGAGGUCGGACAACGUUGGCGAAGUUUUGCUGCUGCAGAAGGUUCACGCGCAUACGUUCCUCGUGAAGGUCAGAUUAAAAGGCCAACAAAUGGGUUCAAGAUUUGGCCACAAAGUCCUAGUCAUCGAUGUAAAUGGAGAUGGGUACAAGUUAGACGAUCUGGUGGUAGGAGCUCCACUGUACCAUGGUGUGGAUAGCUGUGGGGGAGCCAUCUACGUUUACAUGAGCACCAAGGCAACAUCAACGGCUUCCACUGAUCAGACGAAAAACUUCCACGACCCAUGGUUUGGAUCCGACAUCGUUUCACUGGGCGAUCUUGACAGAGACGAUUUCAAUGAUUUUGCGGUUGGUUCGCCAUACGAAGGGCGCGGCCGGGUGUACAUCUUCAGAGGGGGCAUCACCGGUCCGCAGCAUCAACCCUCACAAAUCAUCGAGCCAUCAUCGUUCCAACAUCUAUUUAAUCUUUCUUUUAGUUCGUUUGGAUUUUCCCUCGCUUCAAAUGGUUUUGAUCUCGAUAGCAACCUGCAUCCUGAUCUCUUAAUUGGGUCGUACCUGUCCGAUGCUGUCGUCCUGCUGAGGUCAUCUCCUGUCAUCGACAUUCGUGUCAGCAUUAAAAAUGAACCCAAAUUGAUUAACCCGAAUGUCAACGUUUGUGGGAAUGAUAAAAUGAGAGGGAGAAAUGACGGCGUUGGAUGUUUUGUGAUGAGACUCUGUUUCAAUUAUUAUUUCAGGAAAAUGCGAAAAUCUGGAAAAUUAGUUUUAAUGUCUCACUUGAAGAGCAACAAUUCAGCCAAACAUAAUUCUAGCAUCAACGAUUCAGUGUCACAAGCCUAUUUUAAAUUUUACGUGGAAAAAGCCAACACUACACCGGAAAAAUUACCCACAGCCGAAACAUUUUCAACAUCUUCGCAAGCACCGCAAAUGAAAUUGUUUAAUAAAACAACGACAGCCAGCAGCCAAAUAAUCGUCCAUACGACUGCCAAAGAAAAUAAAGACAAUGGAAAUUUAAAUUGCGUUUCGCAUGACGUUUACCUUGAGCAGGACAACCACGAUUAUCAAAAUGGUAUAAACUUCCAUCUCAGUUAUGAGUUGAUAUCCUUCACUCCCCUCAAUUCAUCGUCGUCAUCUCAUAGUCAUUUAAAUCCCGUCUUAUCAGUUGAAAGUUCCAGAGGAUUAACACACGUGAGGCGUAGCCAAGGAGAGCUUCGCGACCCAACUCCCUCCCUCUAA